AUGGCAAUCUAUAAUCCAAUUUAUUGUGGAAAAAUAAAUGAAUUUUCGUCAUCAUGUUGGAUUGAACGAAAGUCCAUAUUCUAUGUUGAAAUUAAAUUUAUAAAUAUUGAAUAUAAAAUUCGUUCAUACAAUAAAAAGUGGUAUGAUGAUAUAAAUAAUAAUAUAAUUAAUUAUUCAACUAAUUUGACAUUAAAAUUUCUUUAUGAUUCUAUACUUAGGGAAAUUGAACAAUAA